AUGGCCAAAGCCAACAUCAACCAGCACUGUUACACCGGAUUCACUCCUCUUAUGCAUUUUGCAUGUCACGGCCAUGAGAGAGUGACAGCAAGACUUUUAGAGUCUGAAAAGUGUCGGAUGAAUGUGAAUUAUACGGCUCAUAAUAGAUUCAGUGCGCUACAUUGUGCCAUAUAUAACAAUACCCCAGCAAUUGUCCGCAUGUUACUUGAGGCUAGAGCGACAGUUAGAUACUACCACAAACCCAUUCUACACAUUUUCUCCCAUCACAUCAAAGGCAGAGACGCCGCCGAUAAGAUACUCCAGGAUUUACUGAUGCAUGGGGCAAACCUCGAGGAAAAGGAUGUUUCUGAUUUCACACCGGCCAUGGCAGCUGUAAACAGCAAGAACAUACUGGCAUUGCGUAUUCUAAUUAGCGUAGGCGCAUCGCUAACAGCCAUAAACUCGGAGGAUAACAACAACCUUCACAUUGCGGCUGUUUGUCCUGAUGUUGAGAUGAUCAACUAUAUUGGGAAACAGGAUCUUUCCGCAGUCGAGGUGGAACAGCGAAAUACCUUUAACAGUAACACUUUGUAUAUGCCAUACGCAGCUUUCAGCCGUCCUAGCUGGAGAAUACGCAAUCAUUUCCCGCGGCAGAGCGUGGAAGAGAUCGAGGCAUUCACUACAUUCUAUUUCGAUUUAUUGAUCCCCGAAUUGAGACGUCAAACGUCGACCAUAGGCAGCCUUAUUCGAGUUGUCAAACAUAGAGACGUUACUGUGGCAACCAAAAUACUGAAUCAACUCAUUGAGAGGAACGUCAGAUGUAACCAGACAGACCUUGUGAGCUGGUACAGAGGGCUUAAAGGAUAUGUGAUUGAUGGUGGUUGGGACUACCUGCAAGAUGUCCUGAAGGACGAAUAUGAGGAUACGAACGAAAAGAUUGGCCAAGCGGCUAUUGCGAGAGGCAAUGCAAUUACAGAUCCAGAAAUGGUGGAGUUCUUCUAG